AUGGCAAUGGGAAAUUCGUAUCGAGAAACUGACGAGAUACGGAAGCUGCUCAGGGCCGUUGGGAAGGCGCUACUUUUCCGUGCCCCACCCCGUGAUGCCUCCUUGGCCUGCGCGUUUUCGCGUGUUCGUCUCUACCACCCACUAUCCGUUGCACAUCUCUCCUCACUAGUCUUGGUCUAUCCUAGCCUAUCCGAGUCACAUAGGACGGUGCGCGAUCACGUGACAGAAAUACCGGUACUUAUCAUACAGUCUAAACCGAUCGGUGGAGGGUUGGAUGGCUUUCGCGCCUUUUUCAAUUCUACAUAUGAGGAUGUAAGCAUUCCCGAAACCACCCAGGUGUUGGGUCAGGUAGGAAAUGAAGAGAACCAAGAUUUCCUAGUCGCCUUCGUAUCCGCUCUUCAAAUCCUUCCAGCCUCUCGUCAUCUACCCUCGAGCCGCGGCGGCAAGAAUCUACUUGAAGAUCUGUCAAGACUUAUGACUGCAGUCAACGCCGAUGACUUCGAUAUCGAACGAAUACUUCCUCUCCUACAAGCAAUCCUUCACAAAGAACCCGACAACGUAAUUUGGGAUAGAGUUUACGAUGCUGUCACCGAAUCGACGCCUCCAGCUGGCCCUACCUCGUCCUUCCAACAAACACCCCUGUUUAUCAACACGGGCAGCUUCGCGAACUCGACCGAGCACCAUAAACAUGUAGACGAUGUGCUGAAGGAGAAGCUGGGACACCUAUACGUUGGCGUACCUGGUUUCUUUAAGGCGUUCGUCGAAGACGUGCCAGGACUGAGACAGGCGGCACAGGCCGUGUUCAACAAGUGCAAGGAAGGAAAGAGCCCACUCUACGGGGUAGAGAGCGGCUGGCAGGGCUGGCCUAAAGGGGCAAAGGAAAAGGACGUUCUGAGCUGGUUCACCACUCUUACAGACCGGCUGUUGGACCUCGCAGAAGGCCUCUACAUUGGCUUUGUGGACAAUCCGAGCGCCGGCGUGGACUCGAAAUGCCGCUGGUCACAGAUCCUUAUACCUGGAGAGCUCAAGAGCAACCCGCUAGCCGAUGAAGCGUACAAGGCGUGGCUUGACCUCGGUCGAUACGCAAGGGAGGUGCUCGCCGCUCAAGACAGCCGUCGCUUCGUUCUUGGCUUCACUCUAUGUGGGCCUUUUAUGCGACUGUGGGAGUUUGACCGAGUUAGAGGCAUCGCCUCCGAGCAAUUCGACGUCAAUGAAGAUGAACUGCAGUUUCUGGGGUUCGAUCCGACAAUUAUUACAGUUGGAGACAAGCGGUACAUUGAGAUCGAGCGGGGGAAUGGGAAAGAGCGCCUCGUGAUUGACAAGGUGAUAAAGCGGGUGCCUUGCGUCGCUGGUCGGGCAACGACCUGCUGGAAAGUCCACCAAGAAGAAGACCCUAGCACGCCGCUCGUUGUCAAGGAUUCAUGGCAGUAUUCGGAGCGCGAAGAGGAGGGCGAGUUGCUACGUGAGGCGACCGAAAAGCAGGCGAAGAAUGUUGCUAGGUACUUCCACCACGAGACGGUCCGUAUAGGCGGUCAAGACGACGACAUCUGCAAAGAUAUACGGAAAAGCUUGGACAUAACGAAGACAACAAACUACAAGCUAGAAAAGCCAAUGCCGCCGUCGGGCAGGACGGGGCGCCGGGCCUCGCGGAGAGACGUAAGUAGUAGCGUUACCGGACGGAAGCGAUCCUCGAGCUACACAGGACUGCCAAUGCCGCUUAGCAAGCGCACUUGCUCAAGCUCCCCAACAAAACCUGCAAUUUCGAACCGGAUCCAUCGCCGUGUCAUCGUCCGCGACUACGGGAAGCCCAUUUACAAAGCCAGUUCUAGGGUUAGCCUUCUGAGUGCGUUGGAAGGCUGCAUCAAUGGAUACGAGUCGCUACACACACGAGCCGGCAUGCUACAACGCGAUAUCUCGCCGAACAACCUCAUGGUCAACGAGGAAGACGAUGACCUCUCCUGGCGAGCGUUUUUAAUAGACCUUGAUCUUGCGAUCAAGGAGAAUCGUGAGAAACCGUCAGGGGCGCGAGGAAAGACCGGUACGCGAGCGUUCAUGGCAAUUGGGGUGCUUCUAGACGACGAAAUGCAUUCGUUUAUGCACGAUCUUGAGUCAUUCUUCUGGAUGCUCUUCUGGAUAUGUAUUCAUUAUGAUGGGCCGAACGGAGGAAGAGUUGUUCCACAAUUUGAAAAGUGGAAUUACAUCGACACCGAAGAGCUGGCUAAAAUAAAGAAAGGAGAAGUGGGUAACGAGAGAGAUUUUCUUAGGACUGCAGAAGCUGCUUUUACACCAUAUUACCAAUCAUUAAUUCCCUAUGUCAACAGAUUACGGAGGAAGGUGUUCCCCGAUGGUGGGAGGUGGAGGGUUCCAACCCCAAAGCUGUACUUGGAUAUGAAGCAGAUACUUCAGGCAGCGCGGGAUGAAUUGAAGGAAUUAGAGGGGCAGAAUUUAAGCACAUAA